CCGCCGCCGCCGCCGCCGUCGCCGCCGCCGCCGCCUCCACUGCCAAAUCCAGGUCUUCCGCCAGGGCCCCUAAAUGCUGGCUGGUAUUCAGGUGGAGCUCCACCCUCGUCGCCAAACUCUCCUGGAGGUCCUCCACGGUACCCAUCACGGUCAAAUCUAGGCCUAUCUCCUUCAAAGCGAGGGGGGCCACGGGGGCGAUCACCAGGCGGGCCACCCAUUGGCGUGCCAGGGGCCUUAACAGAUUCCUCCAAGGUAGCUGGGACGAUUUCUGAUGGGAGAUUGGAAACUUGAUUACGCGGUGCGUUUCUUGCAGCAUCUACCAAAACCCAAUCUUCCUUUGUGGAAUUCGAUGAUUGAGUUGUCCUUAGGAUCUGGUUUUGUUCAAGAAUGUAUCGGUUUGUAUAACAGUAUGGUUCGUGAAGAUAUCUUUCCUGACAACAAAACAUUUACUGUAGUUCUCCGUGCGUGUACUGCUAUUGCUUCAGCCAGUGUUGGGGAAGGUUUUCAUUGCCAGAUAUUGAAAAUGGGUUUUGAAUUUGAUCUGUUUUUACAAACUGGGUUGCUUGAUUUUUAUGCAAAGGUUGGAGAUUUGAGUUCUGCUAAGAGACUGUUUGUCGAAAUGCCUGAUAGAGAUGUUGUGGCUCAUAAUGUGAUGAUUGCGGCAUUGGGUAAGCAUGGUUAUGUAAAUGAUGCGAGAAAUCUGUUCGAUGAUAUGCCAGAUAGGAACUCAUCAUCAUGGAAUUCCAUGAUUUCUUGCUAUUGCAAGUUGGGUGAUAUUCUUUCUGCCCGUUUGAUCUUUGAUCGCAACCCAGUCAAAGAUGUGGUUUCAUGGAAUGCGAUGAUUGAUGGGUAUUGUAAAUUGGAUGAUCUGACAAAAGCUCGGGAGUUGUUUGAUCGGAUGGGUUCUGGAAAGAACUCUGUCACUUGGAAUACUAUGAUCUCGGCAUGUGUUCAAAAUGGUGAAUUUGGUAAAGCGAUUUCCACAUUUCAUCAAAUGCAGGAGCAGAAUGUGAAGCCUACUGAGGUAACCAUGGUCAGCUUAUUAUCUGCUUGUGCUCAUCUAGGUGCCUUAGAUAUUGGCAAAUGGAUUCAUGCCUAUAUUAGACGACAAAACUUAAGAACUGAUGUUGUUUUGGGCAAUGCUCUUAUAGACAUGUAUGGCAAAUGUGGGAGUAUAGAGGCUGCUCUUGAAGUCUUUCAUAGGCUACCCCUGAAGAACAUCUUUUGCUGGAAUUCAAUCAUUGGAGGACUAGGUAUGCAUGGCUAUGGUGAUGAAGCAAUAAAUGCUUUUGUUGAGAUGGAAAAGGAAGGGAUAAAACCAGAUGGUGUUACCUUUGUUGGGCUUUUGUCUGGGUGUAGUCAUUCUGGCCUGGUUUCUGAAGGUAGACAAUAUUUCUCUCAAAUGCGUGGAGUUUAUGGAGUCAAUCCUCGUAUUGAACACUAUGGCUGCAUGGUUGACCUUCUUGGCCGGGCUGGUUUCCUUGAAGAGGCCUUGAAGCUUGUAAGGACCAUGCCGAUGGUGCCAAACUCAGUAGUAUGGGGCAGUUUGGUCCGUGCAUGCCGGAUUCAUAAAGAUACGAAAAUUAGUGAGCAAGUGACACAACAUUUAUUGGAGUUGGACCCUAAUGAUGGGGGUAAUUAUGUUUUCCUCUCCAACACGUAUGCAUCAGUGAAUCGUUGGGAAGAUGUGGAGUUAUGUCGGAGGUUAAUGCAUGAGAGAGGAAUCCAUAAAACUCCUGGUUGCAGCUCAAUUGAGGUGGACAAUGUUUUACAUGAAUUUGUGGCUGGUGACACUUCACAUCCACACUUUACAAAGAUCAAUGCGUUUCUAGAUGAGAUUGCUUGGGAAUUAAGAGGCCUUGGGCAUGAACCAGAUACAGCCUCUGUCCUGCAUGACAUAGAAGAAGAGGAAAAAGAAAGCGCAGUCAGAUAUCAUAGCGAGAGGAUUGCUGUUGCUUUUGGGCUCAUGAGCACACCGCCAGGAAAAUCCAUUCGAGUGGUGAAGAACCUCCGAACAUGCGAUGAUUGCCAUGCCACCUUGAAGCUUAUAUCUAAACUGUUCAUGAGAGAGAUAAUUGUGAGGGAUAAAAACCGUUUUCAUUAUUUUAGGGAUGGAUCAUGUUCUUGUAACGACUACUGGUGAUUGCUCAAGAUUCAAUCUGCCCAAGUUAAACUGCUGCGUGAGCUAUGGGGUGCUGCUUCAUCCAGUUCCUCAUCCUGCAGCUUGUGUUUGUGCCUACAGAAUUUAUUGCUUGGAAAAUUCCUGCUUUUCUUAGAAGAUCAGUCUUUUUCGGAAAUGGGAAAGUUCUCUCUCUUUGGAAGAGUCUUUACUUUGGUUUUUGACCUCAGGAGCAUCUUGAGUUUGGGGCUAUUGUAUGUUGUGGAUCUAUGGUGGAAUUGUGUAUGCACAGUAUCCUGGUGGAACAAGAUGCACUUGGAAAUUGACAGUUAAAUUAUUUUUAGGAUUCAGAUGAAGGAGAAACCAAUGGACCAUAACCAGCUGAUUUAUCCGAUUCUCGUGUCGUCAAAAGGAUACUUUGACAAGAGGCUCUUGACUGCGCUAAGGAAGCAUUUGUUUCGGUGAAAUUUUUUUCUGGGAUUUUUCGGAAAUCAAUCUAAAAUUGUAUAAGGUAUCGGGUAGAAAAGGUUUUACUGAAAAGCAAUUCAAAAAGUUGGAAAACUACAUCCAUUUCAGAAUUUGAGAUGCUGUGUUCCCAAAAUUGUGAUGGUAUCUAGAUCAUUGGUACUCUUGGCACUUAUGGAGGACUUCCCCACCUCCCCCUACAUCAUAUGUAGUCUGAUUCUUUCUCUUUGCUUA